GAAUUUGUCUAAUAAACAGGAAAUGGUGUGAUUUGGUUACAUGAGGCUGUGUUUAGUUUUGUAAAGAUACAGAAAUAUCUCACUAAGUCAUUGCAUGCUUAAUUGAUAAUUCUUGGAAUUAUGAAUUCAGAUACGUAGAUCGAGAAAAGCUGCAUGUGCAGGAUAAUGUUCUUGCAAAGACGUAAAGAAACUUGCGAGGACAUUUUGCAUUUCAGUCUAGACAGUUUUCGCGCACAUUGAUACACUAUUGAUAACGCAAGACGUUCAGAAGCAACCCAAGGAGGGAAAUGGCCAGCACUAAUUAUAAUGCACUGAGUCGUGCACAAUUAAGCUUUGAAUAUUUACACACAAACUCAACUACCCAUGAGUUUUUGUUUGGUGCACUGGCUGAAUUGGUUGACAAUGCUAGAGAUGCAAGUGCUACAAGAAUGGACAUAUUCUCAGAGCCAGAUGAAAGUUUGCGAGGGGGAUACAUGUUGUUUUUUGUUGAUGAUGGGGAAGGAAUGGAUCCAAAUGAAACAGCAGAUAUCAUUACAUUUGGAAGAUCCACAAAGAGGUCCUUAGAUGAGUCCCAUAUUGGAAUGUAUGGGAAUGGAUUGAAAUCGGGUUCCAUGAGGAUUGGCAAUGACCUCAUUCUUUUCACAAAGAAAGGAGCAACGAUGACCUGUCUGUUUUUGUCAAGAUCGUUUCACGAAGAGGAACACAUUGACGAGGUUAUUGUCCCUAUUCCAUCCUUUGAAACAAAUACAAGGAAUAUACUUGUAACAGGUGCAAAAGCCAAAGAAAAGCAAAGAUUAGAAAUGGAAAUCAUACUGAAGUAUUCUCCUUUCAAGACGGAGGAUGAGUUCUUUGCUCAGUUUGAUAAAAUCGAGGGCAACACAGGAACUGUAGUGAUAGUGUAUAAUAUGAAACUGUUAGACAGUGGAGAUCCAGAGCUGGAUGUGUUGUCAGAUCCAACAGACAUUCUUCUUGCCAAUCCAGAGUCCGACUUUGAUUCCGAUGAGGGUUUAAUGCCAGAGAAGAAAUCAUUCAGAGCCUACACAGCAAUAUUAUAUGUGGAUCCUAGGAUGAAAAUUUACUUACAGGGGAAAAAAGUGCGGACUAAAAAACUAGCGUGUUGUUUAUAUAAACCAAAACUAUAUAAGUAUUCUUCAAACCGAUUCAAAGCACGGUCAGAGAUUGAGCACCAAAAGGCAAAAGAAGAGGCUAAACAAGCUGAAGCCAAAUCGAGGGAGGCAGAGAGUAAAGCCAAAUUUCUAGAAAACAAGUAUGGGGAUGCUGUAACAAAAGCACAAAGGACUGAGCUAAGAAAAGCACAGGAGCAUGCAGCAGAAAUGAAGAGAGAUGCACUCUUAAAAAAGCAGGUAGCAGAAAGGAAAAGCAAAGCUCUCAAGGACCCCAAACUUCUGAACUUUAUUUUUGGUAUAAACCUGGAGAAUCGAGCCCAUGAUGGUGUGUUUGUGUACAACUGCAGUCGUCUGAUCAAAAUGUACGAGAAAGUUGGACCACAGAUGGAGGGGGGAGUAUUCUGUAGCGGGGUGGUGGGUGUGGUGGAUAUUCCCUACCUAGUGCUGGAACCCACCCACAACAAACAAGACUUUGCUGAUGCCAAGGAAUACCGACACCUGCUAAAGGCCAUGGGAGAACACAUGGUGCAGUACUGGAAGGACAUAGGCGUGGUUCAGCAAGGCGUUACAAAAUUCUGGGAGAAUUUUGGUUAUAUAUCACAAAAGUGGAAAGAUCCGCCAUCACAAGAUUUGAAGUUUGUCAGAAAGAGGGCCAUGCAAAUCAAUGUUACCUUACAAUGUGAUAAUUGCUUGCGGUGGCGAACUUUACCAUUCUCAUCCAAUAAUAUUGGCAAAGAUUUUGAGGAUGACUGGGUCUGUGCAAUGAAUCCGGAUGUUCAACACAACAAAUGCUCAGCAAUAGAACAAAAAAUGAACAUACCGGAGGGCAUUCUGAAGAAAGAAGUCAAAACAAAGGAGCAGAAAACAAAAGACAUAGAGGAGGAGAUAAAGAAAAAACAAGAACUACUUCAAAAAAUGAAUAAAUCCAAGUCAGUGACUUCAUCACGGCAGGCAGCUGAAAUGGAAAGGAAACGACGAGAAGAAGAAGAGAGGCAACAGAGGGAAGAAGAGGAGAGGAGGAAAAAGGAGGCAGAGAAGAGGAAACGGGAAGAGAAGAGAAGGAAAGAAGAAGCAGAGAGGGAACGAGAGAGGAAGGAAUGGGAGAAAAAUGAGAGACUGGAGAGAGCCAGGAAAGAGCGGGAAAAGGCUGAACGCGAAAGGAAAGCCAGGGAAGCAGCUGUUGCAGCAAAAAAGAGGGCAGCAUCCACCCCAGCCUCAAAAACCAAGACCACAGUCAACAAUUCAUCUAUGUCAAAAGCCAUCCGAUCUUCAGCAGUGUCCCAGUCAUCACUGAAGAAUCCCCGAGUCACACUGACUGAUAUAGGAGCUCAACAGAAUUCUAAUGAUAAAGAGGAAGUGAAUUCCACUGGGAAGAGGAAGUCACAGAUUGCCAGUGAUUCUGAUGAGCCAGUUAGUCCUGCCAAAAGAUCCAAAGCCACAUCUUCUGUGGACUCUGAAAGUGACAAUGUGAACUCUAACAAACACAAGUCUGUGACGACGCAAGCUGAUGACACAGAAGAUGAGUCACCACCCAUUAAACGUGGCCGGAGAUCUGCAUUCAGUAACUCCAUCGCUGAUACAUCAUCGUGUGACGAAGAAAUGAAAGAUAAUGAUAUACAUGCUCGUUUAUCCUCAACAGAUGCUGAUAGUGACAGUGACAUCGGGACCAAAGUAGAAGUCCAAGUCAGUAAAAAAUGGUACACGGGACGAGUAGUCAAAGUGAACCACGCUGACAACAAAUGGAAAGUGAAGUUUGACAACAAUCCGAGGGACAAAUACGAUAAAUGGUUUGACAAAAGUAGUACAGAUAUUAAACUUCUUAACGGUCACCCUCCUUCAGAGUCGACCAAUCAUGUCCAAGCAUCUCCUGCUUCCUCGCAAGACACAGCAGCGGAGACGCCUUCUUCGUCAACGGCAACUACUGCAGUGGCAACCUCAUCUGAUCAGGUGACGGAGGAAAUCGCCAACGGUUACAGGACCUGUUUGCGAUACUUCCUGCCGCCACAGUGGGUGAUGGAUAAAGACACCAUUACUACCAUGACUCCGCAAGAACUCGCCAACUUCCCAUUGGAUGAUUUCUUUGACCAUUAUGAGAAAGGACUGCGUAAAUUGGUCGGGAACUUCCAAACAGAGGCAGCUCAGAAAAAGCAGGAGAGUGAGGCAGCUGUGUCCAAACUAUCAUCUGUCCGCAAGCUCAUCGCCAAGCUCCUCAAGUCAAUCAAUGAGGAGUUUGACAUCGAUCCUGAGGCAGAUGGAGACCAAGUGGAUGAACUUCUGGCUGCUUGUGUGAAGCAGGCUGUCCAGUCACAAACAUAGUGCCCCUAGGACCUUUUCACAAACCUAGUGCCCCUAGGACUUAUUCACAAACCUAAUGCCCCCAGGACCUUUUCACAUACAUAGGACCUCUACACAAUCAUAGGACUGCUAGAACCUUUACACAAUCAUAAGACUGAUAGGACAAAUGCCUUUAGGACCUCUACACAAACAUUGUAUCAAUAGGACCUCUAAACAAACAUUGGAGUGAUAGGACCUCUGCGCAAACAGUGGCCAUGGGACGUCUAUAUAUGUUCCUUUGCACCUUUAAAUCUCUCAGAUCCGCCUCAUCCCCCUCCAUUAAUGUCCCUGGUAUUCACAGUGUAGUAAGACUGUGUUCCUUUUUCCGAGGGCAGACCUCGGAGUUUUGUCACUAUGGUCCCCUGACGUUGAGAACACACCCACCACCUGUCCUUCAUGUGACAUUCACUGAUUGUUUAGAAAAUUUAGGGGGAAAACAUACUAUAUCAAAAAACCAUAUUAUAAUUUAUACCUGUGCAUUUUGUUGUGCUGUUCCGGUGUCUUGAUCAUUUUUUCAAAUGAUAUAUUGACAUUUUCCAGAAGAGUCUAUGUUCCCUGAAGUAUUAAUAAUUUCUUUGUAAAUUUUUUUGAGUGCUUUUCGUAGAGGACAUGAUCUUACAAAUCAAAAGUGUUGUGAAGCUUUAUAUUGUCUCUCUGUAGAACAUGUCGCACCAAAUGACUAAGAGAUCAUGCAUAAUAUUUUUUUUUAAUUAUCAACAUUUAAGGGAAAUGACUUAAUUCGUCAACUUUUGAUUUUAGUGUAAAAUAGUAAUUAUCAUGACUUGAUUUUGAUUAUGUUCUGUAUUUGAACAAUUUUUUUCAAACAAUGCAGUAAGUGGCUUAAAAAUAUUUGUCAUGUAAAGUUUGAUAUUCAUAACUAGUGUAUUUGGAAAUUUUGUAAAACAAAAUUCCUACAGAAUAAAAAAAAACUACCCGGUAUGUGCAACACUCUUUUUUCCACCCAAUUUAAAAUUAAAAAAAAAAAGACAAAAUGUUCCAAAAUUUAAAUAUUUUGAAUGUUGUAUAACAAAAUUCCUACAGAAAAACAGUAUUGUACACACACACACCCCAUUCCCUCCCCCCCACCCCACCCCAAAUGUUUUUAUAAAAAUUGUUUUUCUACAACCUAUCAGUGAAAAACUGUUGGAAUCUCCAUACACAUUUUUGUUAUUUUGUUUUUAAAUACAAUCUAUGCUGUGAAUUCAUCGCCAAACAAUGUUACACAUUUACUUGCUUUAACAAGAUGCAAUAAUGAAUAACUGUAGACUGUUUAUAAGCUGUGUACAUUUAAAUCAUUUUGAACCUCGGACAUUUUAAUUUGAUAGUUUUAUUUGUACAUUGUGAGACUCUUUUUAAAAUAUGUUUUCGUGUGUUUGUUUUAUCAAAUCCAACAUCAUUCUCAGGUUGUCCAUUCAUAAUUAUGCAUAUACAGCAUAUAUAUUUCAUGUGACUGUUGAUUGUGAUAUAUGAUUAUACAAACAUGGAUGUCCAACAUCAUUUCUUGAAAACCGCCAACUUGUCUCCUGAAUGAAACCAGUUUAAACAUAUGCAGAAUUUAGGGUCUUAAAAAAAUGUUGCUUUCUGUUUGUUUAUGGGGUUUUUUUUUAGGGUAGGGGGGACUUGCAGACUGAAAGAUAUAUUGGGGCUGAUGAUUUUUUAAAUAGCAGUUACAUUCAGGGCAUUUCAACCAUAGACAGUGGGACAGUUUUAUUUUUUCAUCAUGUGCUGUAAAUAAUUCGCUUGCUUCAUCGUGUUUUAUCGGGUCACAAACAUGGCAUUUCUGCAAAGACCAAGAAGUGUGUAUGUGUAAGUAAGGUGUGGGAGAAAGGAACGAGAUGUGUACAUAGUAGAUUGUAUAUAUUACAUGUAGAUAGUGAUUUUAACAUAUAGGACAUGUCAUUUUAAAAUAAAAAGAAGGAAAAUAAAACCACUCUUUAAAUGUC